AUGAUAUUGCCAACUAGAGUCUUCAAGUAUUGUUUCAUAUUAGCUAUUUUAGCCAUGUUGGUUUCAUUGAUAUCGAAAAGCUCUUUGCCAAUUGGUCGUAGUAUACUAAAAUCAUCAACCAUCCAAUCAACACGAUCGUUUUCAUUCACAAGCUUCUCAUCAAGUAGCAGCAGCAGCAGCGGCAACAGUGGGUCUUCAUGGAACUCGCAUAGUAGCAGCAAAUCAUAUUCAACUUCCUCAUCAUCAACCACAUCAAAUGCGCACUCAACGUCAACACCACCAGCCACAACUAGUACCGCUUCGCUAAAUUACGAUAGUGCGUUAACUACAUUUUCCAACUACAAUGUUGCCGUAGCAUACCAACCCAAAGAUAGAAAACCAAGCUCAAAUAUGUUCAAAAAGUCCAAGUCAAGUCCGGCUUUGGACUCGCCAACUGGUGAAGAUAAUUUGUUUGUUUCUGCACAAGUUCAGGACGGAUCGAUUGCAGUUGGAGUAGCAGACGGAGUUGGAGGAUGGUCUGAAGCAGGUUAUGACUCGUCUGCCAUAUCUAGGGAACUAUGUUCAAGUAUGAGGAAAGGGUUUGAGAAUACUGGGGAUGCAACAACGACUCCAAAGUCACUUUUGGACAAUGCAUUUAAAGAAGUUUUGGAGUCUGAAAAGGUAGAGAUUGGUGGUACUACUGCAUGCUUGGGAGUGUUUACUCCCGAUUUAAAAUUGCAUGUUGCAAAUCUAGGCGAUUCAUGGUGUGGAUUGUUCAGAGAGUACAAGCUUGUCAAGGAGACAAAUUUCCAAACCCAUAAUUUCAAUACACCAUUUCAAUUGGCCAAGAUCCCUCAACAUAUAUUGAAAAAAGCAGCCAUGGAGGGAAGGAGAUACAUUAUUGAUGAACCUAAAUUGGCCGAUGAAUACACAUGGAAUUUGCAAAAGGGAGAUGUUGUCAUGUUUGCUACUGAUGGAGUUACCGAUAAUGUUGUACCUAAAGAUAUUGAAAUCUUUUUGAAGGACCAUUUGGAAGACAAGCAGAAUGCUAGAUUGGAUGAGGUUGCAAAGAAGUUUGUCAGUGAAGUGGUUAAAGUUAGUAAGGAUGCCAAUUUCCCCAGCGCUUUUGCUCAAGAGUUGUCUAGAUUGACUGGUCAAAAGUACCUGGGCGGUAAAGAAGAUGAUAUAACCGUUGUGCUUGUAAAAGUUGUAUAG